GUCAGCGUCCUGUCGCUGUCGUCCCUCAGCUACGCAGCCAGCCAGCUUGCACUCGCGCAUACAAGCGAUGCUGCCACGGCUAGCCUGCUGAUAGCGCGGUUCCCUAUAUUUGUGGCAACCAUGAGCCUGGUGCUCAACGCGCUGCUGGUGCUCUUUGGGUUGGCGCGGCGGCUCAGUGACUACUAUGAAAUUGCAUGUUUUCUGAUCGCCCUGGUGGUGACCCACCCAGUCCUGUACGUGGUCGAGACCACAUAUGCAAAGUUCUCUGCUACCGUUUGGCUGACCGAGGGUAUAUGGAUUAUGUUCUCGCUGGUCCUGACAGUCAUGUCGGUGGGGUUUUCGCUGGUCAAGGCGCGCAAGAUGGCGAAUGCAGCGAGCAUUCGCGGUCGCAUGUGGCUUGCCACCUGCUAUACAAUGAUUCCUGCUCUACUGGCUUGGAAGCUGGCUUUCCGUCUGGGCGGAUCGCAGUCUGCUUGGCUGUUCGAGGCACUCUGCAUUGCCGAGUCGCUGCAGCCAAUUUUCGUUCUGCCAAUAUUCGUGUGUGACGUCUGCCUGAAUGUCGCCCAUCCGCCUGAGUGGCUCACAUUUGACAAGAUGGGCAUGCGCGACCGCGUGUUUACAAGCUGGUCGAAGAUCGGAUCGCAGGUGCAGGGUGCCUGCGGGCUGUACCACCAGCAGUGGCAGGCGGAUUGUGCGCCAUCGGAUGACGAUAUCAAGCAGUGGAUGCAGGAUAUUCGGCAGUGCCAUAUCCGCUCCGAUGCUAGCUACUACGACGACUAUAGUCCGUACAUAAGCAUAUAUAAUAUUGGGCCGCACCCCAACUACGAUAGCGACAAUGACUCGGUAGUUUUCCAUCCACUUCCUAGGUGAUGUUAUGUCUAAAGUUUGUUUUAGUUUCAGC